AUGGGUUAUCGCGCAAAUCUUUACGACAGCUAUUUUGCAAGAAAUUACUACUAUCCAUGGUAUAGAAGAUAUUACGGAGCAGGUCUCUACGGACGUUAUUAUCCUGGAUUAGGCUUUGGUAGAUACUACGGCGCAGGGCUCUAUGGCCGAUACUAUCCUGGGUUAGGCUUUGGUGGUGGACGCUAUCCUAUGACAGGAUUUGGUGGCCUUCAGUCUGGAAGCGGCUUAGGAGGAGGCAAUAUAGCAAGCUCUGGCAAUGGCGGUCCUUCCUCCCCUUCAAUGAACAAUCGCGAGAACAUGGGGUGA